AAUGUACAAAUUAUAAGAUAAAAUGAAUUAAAGAAGUGUAUUGGAUGAUAUGUAAAAAUGAAAGUUACAAAUACUCUGGGACGGAGGUAGUACAUCCCAUUCCAAAACAUCCACCUGGGUCUGUCUCAUCUCAUUUACCGAUUGCCCGCCGCUCCUCCUCAUCUCAAUUACAUCUCCCAUCCGUUCCUCUUCCAUUUCAUUAUUUCAAUAAAUCCAAUCACUUCUCCAGUCCUCGCUGCCGCCGUCGUCUUCGUUUUCCUGGACCUUAACUCCACGCACCGUUGAACAUCCAGAUGCAUGUUUUAUGGUGCAUCUUCUUUACUUUCUCAUUGUGUUCUUGCUUUGGUUUUAAAAUAUGACGCUUAUUAGAUCCUUCAAUUCGAUAUUCUUGAUAACUCAUUGUAUACCUAUAUGUGAUGGUAGAUCAAAGGAUUUUAAUUGUUCUAUUUUUAAACCCACUGAGUAGCAGAUUUUUUUAAAAAAAAUCCCUUCUUAUUCUAUGCCUUAGAUCUCUCGAUUGAUAUAUUAAACCACUGAUUUGUGAAAGCUUAAAUUUAUUUGAAACAAUGUUAGGCUUGUUAUUUGAUAGAACUGCAGGAUUACUUAUUCGAUAUAACUUCCCUUCUUUUAGUGUUGCUCCAAACACUGGUAUUUCCUCCUUUUGAUAGAUUGCAAGGAUGUGGUUCUCCUGAAAUUUUUUCCAUAAAAUUAAUUUUUUUGGAAAAGCGGCUAAUAAACAAAAGUCUAAUGAAAAAUACCUCAUUGUCGUGGAAAAUACACUCCCGAGCAUAAAUUUCUCCAACAUGAGAUCAUAGGAACGAAUUAAUCUUAAUUUUAGAUUGGCACGAAAAGUAGAUGGUUUUAGUUCCAUCAACCUUGUCCAAAGGGCAGGCAUUUUUUGGAAAUUAUAAGGCUAAUUGUAAAAAAAACAGUGGUGCAAAGGAAUUUAGGGAAUAUAUUGGGUUACAAUUGAAAGUCACCAAUUUCAAUGAAGAGAUGUUUUUUAAGUACUAUGAGUUGAAUGUUAUAAUAUAUGUCUGGUGGUCAGGUAGGAUCUGACUGUUUUGGUAUGUAUCACUUGUAAUGAAUAUUUGUAAUGUAUUAGAGGGACCAUGCUACUGGUAGGUUAUGUAAUUAAGUGGUUUCAUUCAAUCUUUGCAGUCACGGUAUAUUUCUAUCGCUGAGGCUAGAAUGGUUUUAAUAAAUAAGAGGCUCUGAUGAUCUUUUGUAUAUGUUUUGUCAAAUUCUGCUUAUUAAAAUUAAGGGAAUAAGGCGUAUCUUGGCGAGGCUUCGUAGGCAUCGAGAAGCAGCCAUGGUGUUUUAAUAUCUUUUUUGUUGUGAUAGUAUAUAAAUAUUUUAAAUACUUUGCCUCUUUAUAGCCCAUGUAGAGAUGGGCAGAUUUCUGGAAAAUACAAAUAGCUCUAAUUAGCUGAUUCAGUGAGAUUAAAGAGGCUGUGACGAAAUUGCGGUGUAUUUUUUCAAUGUUGAUCCCAAAGAUUUGAUGAAAUGAUUCGUAUCUUGGCGAGGCAACCCGGAGAUUUGACUCCGUGGUUGCAGCCAUGGCAAUCACAUCUCUUUGUGUAGCAAAGGAAAAAAAUUUCCGAGCCUAAAGAAAGUUUCCACUUUUUGAAAACAUAUUAUAAACUUAUUUAUAAGUUAUGGUGUUUGUAUACACUGAAAUGGCAGGGGGUUUAAACAUCUUUUCCAGCUAUUUGUAAACAUUAGUAUAAACAUUUUUAGGGGGUUUACUUUAAACAUUUUUCCAGCUAUUUGUAAACAUUACCCUAAACAUUUUUAGGAGACCAAUUUGUGCCAAUUUCAUUAUGGUGUGAUGUUCUGAUAAUGGGCAGUGGCAGUUCAUUUGAAUACAUAUGUGAAGUACUUUGCUAGGAUUUAUUAUAUUGAGAUGCUAACUUUAUACUACCUCCGUUCCAGUGUAUUUGUCCAGUUUGACUUUUUUGAGUCAAAAUGGACAAAUUUUGAACUCCAAUUACUCUUAAUUUAUAUUGCAUAUUAGAAUAAUGAAAUACAAUUUUGAAAGUUCUCAACACGAUAAAUCCAAUAAAGUUAUCUUUAUGUUAAAAUACAUUAUGUUUUUUAUUUAAUUGAAGCUCAAAGUUUGUCCAAUUUGACUCAGACAAAUACACUACACUGGGACAUAGGGAGUAUUAUAAAGUUAUGGCUGCAAUCAACUUUAUUUGAUUAAACGAUUCGUAUCUUGGCGAGGCAAGCCGUAAAUUUGUCACCACGGUUGCAGCCAUGGCGAUCUUAUCGUUUUCUGUAGCAAUGGGAAACUAUUCCGAGCUUCAAAAUAAACAAUUUUACAAUUUAUAGUUUUUGACUUUUUGUAUAAAUUGUAUUUCAAUGUGGUUUUUUUGGUGUCCAAAUCUGGGCCAUUUUAUGGGGAUGGCGUGGAAGAUUCAAGGAAGAUUUAAAAAAUAAUACUGAAAUGUUAUUCUGUGGAGGAGGCUUUGUGUGGAAGAGGGCAUUAUCUCCCAGUUUCAAUCUGGCCGGACGUCCAUUGCACUGUAUGUUCAUUUGUCAUUACAUUAGUGAACUAAUUGGCUUGGACUGACUCUUUGGAGAUACCAUGUACUGAAAUUCUUGAUGUGGGAAUACUUUUCUUUUGUCCAGAACUGAUUGUAUAUGUUUAUAAAUAGAGAUUUCAUGAGCUGCUGCCAUGUGUAACAAACUAUUUUCAGCCAUUGGAUGAGCAAAAAUGGCGGGAAAAUUCAGGACUGAAAUUGGAAGGGAUU